GGAGAGAAUGAGAGAUGCGUUUCUGCAAAAAAGCCUUUUUUAUUUCCGAUUUGUGAUGAAAUAUGCAGAUGCGCGUCCUUGAGACCUCAUUCUUAGAGGACAAAAACAAAAAAAGCAGUUGUUGGGAAGUAUCCUUGAUUCUAUGGGGAUUAACCUUGGUUGGUAGGAAGGUUAAGUGAUUUUUAUCAAUAGUAGUGAAGUGGGCUUUGUUGCAGUGAUGAUUCAGUUACUGUUCUUAGUUCUUUUUGCUGAAGGGGUCGUAUCAUUGCUUCUAAUGGUGAAGAUUGGGCCCUUGAGGGAGUUGGUGAUGAAGAGCUUGGAUCAGCUCAAAACAGGGAAAGGCCCAGCCACUGUAAAGACCAUUGCUGGUACCAUGUCCGUGAUCCUUGCUUCGAACAUAACUAGCAUUCUCAAGAUUCAGAACAAGGGAGCUAAGCUUGGGACUAUGACACCCAUGGAUCAAGUCCUCUGGAGGACGCACCUGCUAGAGGCUUCGCUUAUUGGAUACUCCUUAUUUCUCGGAUUUGUAAUCGAUCGUUUACACCACUAUUUAGAAAAAGUAACUGGGUUGAGGACAGAGAACCAGCAUCUCAGAAAGAAAGAAGAGAAAACUUCUAAGGAAAUAAAAUUGCUCCGGGAAGAGAUCUCAAAUUUGACAGAAAAUCUGAAGAAGAUGAAAUUGACAUGUGAGGAGAAGGAUAAACAGGUGCUUUCUGCAGAAGCUCAUGUUGCUGCCCUUCAGAAACAAUCUGAGGAUCUACUUCUUGAGUAUGACCGCCUGUUGGAGGAUAACCAAAAUCUUCAGAGCCAGGCUAUUGCAUACAGGAAUUGAGAGACUAGUGGAAUGCCAACCAUUUGGUCAUUAGUAUGCAUUUGCAUGGUGAUAUUAUUUGGUCAAAUGUCUCCUUGACCAUACCGGAACUGAUACAGAUCAACAGCUUCUUUAGAAGGACUGUUGUGUUUGGAGUUGAAAUGGGGAGGUUCCUUUGGGAAGAUGCUGUUGAAAAUUUUGUACCAUCUCUAUUUUUUUUUUGCUUCUCAUUCUUCAGUUUUCUAGAUUUUGCUGAUACCGAGUCAGCUGAAGAGGUGAAACCAACAUAGACUGUAAGAAAUUCUGGUCCGUUUUCCUCAGAGGUCGAACAUUGUUGGAUCAUCAAUGUAAUUGAAAAGUUGGAAGGAUAUUCAUCUUUCUUCAUGAUGAGUUUUAUUGGUUGAAAUGGUUUUAGACAUUUUAUUGAUCA